CCUGCCUUGCAUCUCUGCCUCCUCGCAUGCCACCGCUCCGAGCUCGCUCUCCGCUCGAGACAGCCCAAACGUGCCCCAUGCGUGCCUUCCUCACUUAAGCCAAAGAGCCAAUCUCGUGGAGACGAUGGCAUUGUUGCACUUGGGUUGCAUGGCUCUUUCCUUUUGGCACACAGUCACACAGACCCUAUUUCCUUUAUGAAGCGACAUUGCGUUACACUUACCCAGCAACCACCGCAACGGCAGCAACAAGAGAAACCACCACCGUCCGCAGAGCACCACCCAGGCAAGUGUGGCAAGCGAGCAGCUAGCAACUAACAGCCGGUGCACGGAUGGGGGUGCAUCGUGAGAAAGUUUACUCGAGGCAUUCCCACAAGUAUUGGGAUUGUGCCGAACUCCUGCUCCCGGUUUCCCUGUUUCUGUUUUCCGACCUCGGUCAGCUGUGACACUUGUUUGGCGCAUUUUGCGAGAUUUGUUUUCUGGAUUGGGAUUGCGAUUGGGAUUGGGACUGGGCCACUGCCAUUGCCAUUGAUGAAAUCCACUUGCCCGAGGGUGAGUGAGUCGGGUUCGAGACCCGGACCGAAGGUCGUCGCAAUCACAUCCAUGAAAUCGAGAAGUUAAAAGGAGAGGAACGCAAAACAUUGACAUCUGAUGGCACUGAUUUCAUUGUCAGUUUUCGACGUGGGGGAGGGAUUCUGAGAUCAUCCAGGAAGACCAUUUCGAUGAUAAAGGAUAGCUGUAUGCAAAAAAUUAGGGGUCAUUCUAUAAUACUAUAUUUUUAACCCCACUAGAAAUGCAAACCACCAUAAUGUAUUGUAACACUUUUAUUGAAAGUAUAUUAUUUUGAUCGAUAUUGUUGUACAUUGAUAAAUUGAAGACAUUAACAUUUCAUAAAUAUCUUUAAGUUUUCGUAAUAUACAAUGAUACAUAUUUGUUUAAUACACAUAUAGCAACACACACAUAUACAUUUAGAGUUUCAAUUCAAAUUAACUUGGUUAGUUUCGCUCAUCUAGUUAGUUUUAAAAAAAACAUGUGGUUAAUUAAUAACGCCAUUAAUAACGUCAAGUACAAAUAUGUGCUAAAAUUUUGUGCUAGAAAAUAGGUUUAACGGGUAAACUUGUUGCGUUUGACAAUUUGGUAAUAUUUAAAUUUCGUUUCAAUUCUUUUUGCCUACUUGGAGCUAUAAGGAUUAAAAUCUUAGCGUUUGUGCCUAUAUAACUAAAUUACUUUUAAAGCGCACUGGAUAGUUUAUUAGCUUAACAGUAGUUAGUUUGAUCUUCGUGUAGUGUACUCGUGUGGUGUUUUUAAAAGUUACCUGUAGAAUGUGCUCAUGAAAUAAAUUAGUAAUCAAUAAUGUAUGAUGAACUUGGGUAAAAAUAAUAAUAAUAAUAAUAAUUAAAAUAAAUGCCGUUCGAUACACUUUCAGAGGAGAUUCUUGUAUAAUACAAAUAAUGUUAGCGGACAUGCCGCUUGUUUAAAGCUUUCAUUUCAUUUCUUUUUCGAUUCCUUUGAUUUGACCUUCUAUUUAUAAGAUGGAUUUGCUCGCUCUUGUCGGUUAACUUCGUUUCGCUUGGUUGUAAUUAUCUGCUCAGGAACUGGUGAACUUUGUGUACGUGCUUAGUUUAAGUUGCGGAUUACAAAAAUGUACAAUCGUAAAAUGUUUAAAAAUAUUUCCAUUCGAUAUCCUCGUCGGCGGUAGCUUGCCCUUUCCGCCUGCUCAGUACUCUUGGUCGCAUCCUUUCUACACACUUAUAUACAAACAUUUUUUUUUUACACUUGGCGCCUUUCUCCAUUUACUUUCCCCAGGUGCA